AUGAGGAGGAAGAAGUGCCGAGCUAUCGACGCCAACGAACGUGUCGACGCACUUGCUCAAAAACUCGAGCAAAGUGAGGCGGCUCGCAAGAAAGCUGAACUUGCUGCUAGCAAAGCCAAGGCCGAGGUUGAUGAAGCCAAGGUGAAAGCUGCUAGUGUCGAGGAACUGCAGAGAAGGCUCAAAGAUGCCGAAUCUGCCUUAGAUGAGCAGAAAACUGCACAAACUGUGCGUGAACAAGAGAUCAUCAAGCGUCUGAAGUCGCAAAGUCGACCCCAAACAAACCAAGAUUUUGAUCUGGAGAAUCCCGUCAAUGACCCUCUCCUUGAUGCACUUUCUCUUCUGGAGUUCCAUGGGCGCGAAAUUCGUGAAGGCGUGGCCAAUGCCAAUGCGAGUUUGUCGGCGUUGUUCCCCUUCUUCUUCCCGAAGAAAGAGGAACCUUCAACUUUCCUUGCCCUUGCCAAGCUUUUCAAUUCGUCGGAAGACCUGGGAUUGAAGAUGCGUCAGGAGAAUAUGAAGGUUGCUGUCGAGAGUACUGUUGCCCUGGUUGCUGACAGCCAACAGACGCUUGAUUGGAUGAAGGUUGGCGACACCAGCCAGAUAGAGCAUUCGAGAUGGAGGUCGCUGAUCAAGGCAGCCAAGCCCAACACGAAGAAGAUCUUGGCGUAUCUGGGGAUCAAGCCAGCUUCGACUCCUAGCUCCUCGAGGCCGGAGGUCUAGUUGCAUGCCUCUGUUUUUCUUUCUGUUUCUUUUGCUUCUGUCGCCAAAGUAGUCAUUUGGCGACACGUACUUUCUUAACUCCACUGUAAUGCCCUUGUAAUUAUUCCAAGAGAUUAAUGAAGACUUCUAUCUUUGCUUGUUA